UUGAGGAGGAGCGGGAGUCGCCCAGGCCGGUGACAGAACCAUGAUCCGGCUUCUGAGCCAAAUUUUCACGUUCUUCCGAAGAAGGGUGGAUACUAAUGAAGAACAGCAGGACUCAAUGCAAGGUGACAACAAAUUGAAAACUGUGCAAGGAUUUGUGACAAGUUUCAGUAGUGAUCAUGGCUGGAUUGAUGAGUCCAUUUACUUCAGUGCUGAUGUGACUGGCAAUUUGCCUCUGAAAGUUGGACAAAAAGUUACUGCAAUUGUGGAAGAAGAUGAAAUAUUUUCAAGACUGAAGGCAAUCAAAGUGGAUGCUAUCUCUGACAAUUUUGAAAUCAUUAUACAACCAGGCCCGAAAAUGAGAGUUUUAGCUGGCUGUGUUACCCGUGUGAAGAAAGAUAUUGUAUACAUUGAUAAGAAACUUUACUUCUCUCUAGACAUCUUUUCUACAGGUUUUGUGCCAUAUAAAGGCGACUGGGUAGAAAUUGAGUAUUCUAAGAAGUCAAGGACCUCAAAGAUCAAGGCCCAUUCAGUGAAGCCUAUGAACAGUAAGCAUGUGGAAAAUAUCUACAUUACUUCACUGGAGGAAAGAAAUGGGGUGAUUGACUACAGCAUUUUUUUUACCUUGGAUUCUCUGAAGUAUCCGGCUGGAUAUGAACCUCAACAGUACGACCUGGUUAAUGCAGUCAUCGUGGAGAGUACCCAGGUGGGCUGUACUUGGAGAGCAGUUUCCAUCACCCCAGUGCAAAGUUCCUUGUAA